CUGCUGGGAAGCCUAGUGGAUCAUCUGCUGACCUGCUGUUUCUCUCUCUCUCUCUCUCUCUAUAUAUAUAUAUAUAUAUACAUAAUCUCACUCCUGCGUCUUUACUCUAGUUACAUUUCCGCUCACUUUAACUACACCCGCACUUUUUUUGCCACUCCGUCAGCUCACAGUAGUGUGUGUGUGUGUGUGCGCGCGUGUGGGUGGGUGGUUGGCGGCGGUGCGCGUGCAGGUCAGUGAUGUUUACGUUUUCAUAGCACGGGCGGCGGAGACACGGAGCGCGCGCGCGCGCAGCGAGGCUACGGACGCACGGGCAGAGAGUUAAACACACACGCACGCACGCACUCAAGCGCGCGCGCAAAUCUCGAUCAGGCGACACCGCGAGGCGGCGCGUAACCGACACCAACACCGACACCACCACCACCGAGACGAGAAGAGAGUGAGUGAGUGUGUGUGUGUGUGUGUGUGCGUGCGCCUUGUUUUUGUUUUCGCGUGCUUUCGAGGAACGCGCGUGACGUUCGUUCGCGCCAUUUGGGAGCGGAGAAGCGAAGGAGCGUUUCCGGUCUUGGGACGCGUCGGCUGAGAAGUGCGCACAUCAUGUACCCGCAUGGAAGACCGCAGGCUCCGUUGGUGCCGGGCCAUGCGGGCAUGAAGUUCACAGUUCUGGAGACGUUGGACCAUAUCAAAGAGGAGUUCCAGCUCUUCCAGGCUCAGUACCACAGUCUGAAGUUGGAAUGUGAGAAAUUGGCCACGGAGAAGACGGAGAUGCACAGGCAUUACAUCAUGUACUACGAGAUGUCGUAUGGGCUGAAUAUCGAGAUGCAGAAGCAGGCGGAGAUUGUGAAGCGGCUCAGCGCUAUAUGCACUCAGAUUAUCCCUCUCCUGUCCCAAGAGCAUCAGCACCAGGUGGCUCAAGCUGUUGAAAGAUCCAAGCAUGUGAGCAUGGCUGACCUAAAUGCUAUCAUAGGGCAACAGCAGCUCCAGCACCUGUCCCAUCAUGCUCCAGGCUUCCCCCUGACGCCACACCAGUCAGGCUUGUCUCUCGGAGCAGGAGUCGGUCUCAUGGCCCUCCCGGGGGCGUUCCCCUUCCCUCCACAUCUGGUGCCUAAAGACGACGUCGCUCACCCCGAAUCUGUGGAUCCUAGAGAUGGUGCUCCGAACAGGAGUUUUGCAGAAUCGGCUGCAGUGAGUCAGUCUGUGGGUCAGAGGCUGCCUCUGCCUCUAGGCUGCUCAGCCGAGUCUGCGACAGAAAGCAAGAGAAGCAGUGCAGAAGGAAAACCUCGAGUUCCCACACCCCGGGACAGAGAUGUGGAAAAAAAUGAGGACAGUUUGAAACGGGACAGCACUAAAGAGAGUGUGUCUCCAACAGCAGGGUCUCCCAGGUCUGCCGAUGGGAAUGGCGUGGACAGCCGAAAUUCGUCCAGAGACGUCCGAUCGCCUUCCUCUGGCUUCCCGCACACGCACACACCCAACCAGCACAAGAGUCCCCCUCAGGAGAAAGCGCGCUCUCGUUCUCCAUCUCCGUCACGUGACGCUCCGUCUCCUGCGCCUCCUCCUCCUCCGCCUCCUCCUGCUUGUCCUCUGUCCUCCCCAGCAUGCGCUCCCUCUCCUCCUGUCCAGCACUAGGACCCCACUCCGUUUCAUGGAGUGAGACGGGUGGGUGAUGAAGUGGCCCUCCCACGCCCACCCACCAAAACCCAGCACACACCGGCUCCGUCCCAUAGUGCAACGGGGUCGAGGACCAGGUGCCUUGCCAGGGUUGUGCAUUUGUCCACCGAGUCUUGGAGCUGUACACAAUCUGCGUCCACUUCACUGCAGGGCCAUGCCAGCGGCACAGCUUAACACGCCAAUCAAUCAGCUGUUACAGUGAUUGACAGGUCUAUCAGCCAAUCAGGCAGCUGGAGUGCUGUGGCAAAGCUGCGCAUUUUGCAGUACGCAAGUGAGAACAAGUCCUGUUGACCCUUGCUAACCAUGGGAAACUUAAAACCUAGCAAGACACAGAAAUUGACUGAGACCCUUUAACAACUCCCAGAUAAACACCAACCUUUAAGACUGUUGUGUGGAUCGUCAAAAGCCGAGGAAGGUGACCUUUAUAUUGUCUUUUAUACUCUCAGUUUAUGCACUGGGAACGCGUCAUUUCUGCAUUUCUCACAGCUACAUGUGCACGAGUACAUAUGUCUACUGCUGGAGAGAGCUACAGUGACUGGAGGACACAAUGACCGUUCAGGGUCAAUCUAGCUUAAGCACCCUAAAGAGACUGUAAUUUUAUAUUAUAUUGUCGUUUUUUUUUGUUAACAUCAGAAAGCAUCCAUAUCUGCGUAGUUUAUCUAUCACUCUUGCACAAGCCACUCACUCUGUAAGCAGUAUUUUCAAGCUGUUCCUUCAGCUGGUCAUCUGGAGCCGCCUUCUACAGCAGCCGGGAACGAAGAAUUCCCCAAAUGAUCAUCUUCAGUUUACAUUCAGAUGAUCCAAGAACUGUAAUAAAGAGAGCAAUGUUCAGAAUGCUGUCAUAACACACACACACACACACACACACACACACAUACUGCCAUUCUUAACUCCUGGACUAUGAAAUAUUUGUGCUGUUAGGCUGAGUUUCAGAGAAUAAAAACAGAGAGCAGUGAGAAUGAAUUUGAGGAGGAAUCGGAGCCGGAGCUCAUAUUUUAAACAAGACGACCAUCUCAAGUCGGGAUUUCUUUUUUUUGUAAAAACACAUUCUAGUAUUAACUUUUUCAAUCUUAAUACAGUAAAGACAGAGAGCCACUAUUACUGCAUUGCAUUUGGCUCUUUUUCCAUCACAAGGGCGUAUCAGCAGGAAGGCCAUAUGAGGCAAAUAUUUUCUACCCUUGAUAGAUCAAAUUGAACAUUCCAGACGAUAUAAUAUAAUAAUUUUCCAGUGAAAUAUGAUCCCUAUUCCGUUUUUCUUCGCAAUUUUUAUUGGAAGGUGUUUACUAAACACUAUCCCAAACAGUAUUAACUCCGAAAAUGUAUCCCUAGGUUAAAUCUAAUUUAUGACCCUAUAGAACACACAGAGUCCAAGACAUAUUACAUGACUGUAGGGAUCAACAACAUUAUUUCUUGGACAUCGGUUGAAAUUUUUCAUUCAGUUGCUGGGCUUUUUGGAGGCAGUAUAUCACUGAGUGUAAAGAUUCAUAUCUGUGCACCGGUCUCUGUAUUUGUGAUACAGCUGAACUGAUUCAAAACAAGUUGGUGCUUGUGACUGAAUCAUGUGCAUGACUUUUUUUUCUUUUUUCUUUUUCUUUAUUACUAUUAUUCAGAAAUAUUAAAUGACUUUCCUUUUU